UGAUCCUGCUCCGCAGCCUUUGCUUGAACAGCACAUGUUCAAGAGUCUCCGGAGGGCAGCCUGGAGCAUUGAGUGAGUGAGUGAGGAGCAAGCUUGAAUGUGUCUUGGUUGCUCAUCAGGACAAAGUAGUUCUGUCCUCUGAGUUUGUUGCAUGAGUGAGGUAGCACAGUGGUUGGCGGCAACUUGAGAGUGGUGAAUCCAGAGGGGGAGAUUUCCACUUGAACGUACCAAGGCCCAGAAGUGUGUUUCUGACAUCCAAUCCAGUCCUGACCAACCAGUGCUGCCUGGAAAUGGCCUAAGGGUUGUCGGGGAGAUUCCAAGAACCAGAUAGACGAAUCUUUGACCAGGAUUGUGUGUUGCAUAACUUCAAGUAUCUCUUCCACGAGCCAAAAUGGCUAUCACCAUCGAAACCAUCACGGUGACGCGUCCCAUGAAGGUGAUUGCUUUCACAUGCUGCUUCAUAACCACGUUCUUCAUGGUGGCCUGUUGUGCCACCACAGACUGGGUCAUGGCUGAGGGUUGGAGAGAGGGUCUUUGGGAACAGUGUGUUGAUGACGGAGCACCCACGCCAUUGCCCUUUGGCCAGAAACCCGUUCCUGGGUGCCACAGAGCUCACGAUGCAGGAUACAUCAAGGUGACCGCAGGCCUUAUCAUCGUGGUCUGCUUCACGGACUUCUUUGGAACUCUCUUAACUGGACUUGGUUUGAGAAGUACAGAUCCCAACAAGAAGUACAAAUACUAUCGAGUAGCCAUCUAUUCAUUGGUUAUUGCUUGCAUCUUCUUGCUUGUGGCUUUGAUCUACUACCCGGUGUCGUUUUCCAAGGAACUUAAAGGAGCCAAGAGAUUCGAGGUCAAUGAUGGUGGCUCUGUUCUGGCUUACUCGGGAUCCAUCGACUUCGAUGGCGAUGGGAUCAUGGAUUACGCCGAUGACGAUGAUGACAAUGAUGGCAAGCCUGACCAUCUCGACCAAGAUGACGAUAAUGAUGGCAUCCCCGACAGAAUCGACAAAGAUGACGACAAUGAUGGCAUUCCCGACGAAUUGGAUACCUGGGGUCAGCAUUUGAUUAAGGAUAUCGAUGACCAAGAUGGCGAUGGCGUGGACGAUAAGAUCGACAACGAUGAUGAUAACGAUGGCAUUCCCGACGACGAAGACGACGAUGACGAUAAUGAUGGCAUCACAGACGACCUUGACAACGAUGAUGACAAUGAUGGUAUCCCUGAUAACAUCGACAAUGACUCCGAUGGUGACGGGAUCCCCGACGACCAAGACAAUGAUGACGAUGGUGAUGGCAUUGAAGAUUCCAAGGACAACGACGAUGAUGGCGAUGGUAUCCCAGAUGCUGCAGAGGAUGGCGAUCUCGAUGGAGACGGCAUUCUGGAUCAUGAAGACGAUGAUGACGACAAUGACGGCAUUCUCGAUGAAGAUGAAGAGAUCGACACCGAUGGCGACGGUGUGCCCGAUUCCGAGGACAUGGAUGACGAUAAUGACGGCAUCUACGACGACAUGGACGAUGAUGAUAAUAACAACGGCAUUCCCGACGAGCUCGAUCACACCGGCAAACGUCGCGUUUGGACCUUCGGAUUUGGUUAUGGCGCUUCUUGGGCCGCAUUUAUCCUGAUGUUCAUGUCCUUGGUGCUCUUGAUCUGCGAUCGUGAGUCUGAGGAGAUCUUCUACAAGGAAAAGGAGGUCGAUGACGAAGAGGAGGAGGAAGAGGCCUAAACAAAGACAGUCCAAAGCUCAAAGAAUACCAACAUAGUCACUCAUACUCAAGAUCAACGCAAGGUCGUACAAAAAGCCUUGCUCUAGCCUUAAUCUAGUCUAUAAGCCCAUUCUCCGAUAAUGACACACACGUGCUGCUCCUUUUUUUUCUUUUUCCCCACAUCAACUUGAUUUCAACAUCAACCAUCGUGAGUACAUUCUCCGGCUCUAACUGAAAUACUCCAUAAUUUACUCAUUCCAAAUUUUGUUUUCAACAACCACCCCGUAAGCAAGGAAUCUUCUUUUACCACUUACCAACAACAACCUCUCAACCCUCGAAUUUGUACGCGAUGCCUUAUAUGUCAAUGAUGUUGAUCUGCCCUGAUCACAACCAGAAAUCCCCCUCAAAAAUGAGGUUCAGUUGACCUUUUCCAACUCAAGAAAGCUUCAACUGAACCUCACGCUCCUCUUGUCAACUGACUGGCAAAGGACCUCAACAAAAAACCGAAAGAAAUGAUUUUCAAAAGUUAAAAUGUGCAUAUAUUUCUCUUUGAACAGCAGCGUCCAUGGAAUGACGCAAUUUCUAAGCAACUGUUUCUUUUUUGCAAACAAUAUACUUAUUUUCUACAAUUCCCUCAUGAAACCAGUCUUCGCUCACCACCAGUCCUAGUGCAAUAAUACUCAUGUCUAUCCCUUUCAAUCACCUUCCCCCUCAGCCAUCUCAGACACGCCCCUCUUGGGAUCUCUACCCGUCAAAUCUCCAUGUCCCUAGGUACUACCAACAGAAACUUGAAAUCGGGCGUCUCUGAACAGCUGACCCCACUGCGAACCUGACUGUUGUUAUCUUGUUUGGGCGCGAAAUUUGACUCAGGGUUCCCAUGACGGCUUUCUUUCCCGCUCCUUUUUUUGUUCCUCGUUUGAAUUUGCAAAACUUUGAGAUAAUCGAGUCUUGCCAGAGUGUAUGUUGUUUGCGAUGGAUGAAUGAGAAUCUCCCCGGGUUCUAGCAGACAAAUUAUUCAAGGACAACAACUAUGUGCUCAAUAAAACUGACAUCAUGAUCCAUCGAGUGCUUCAGCAUCCACUUGAAGUGUGACGAGUGUCCUCAUUGCCAAUCUUAUCAAGAAGUGUCUACAAUUGCUACCACUACUUCGACCAUUACUACUACUAUCAUCGACACUCUUCUUAAAGGUGCAUGAAUUGUUAGGGUUUGUUCUUUACUCAUAAGAUGUGCGUUCACUUACGUUGAUAAAGAUAUAGCCUUAUAUAUGUAUGUCGCCAAUUUCUCUUACUACUUGCCGAUGCCGUUUUCUAAUAAAACUCCAAAAUAUUUUUUUUA